CGCCGGCAUGGCUGCGCCCAGUUGGGGCGCGUUUGUUUGUUUCGAACGUGGGGUUGGGCCGGCUCGUGGGGCUGGGCUGGAGGCAGGCACUGCUUAGUGUCACAAUGUUUGGGGAUCUGUUUGAAGAAGAUUAUUCCACUGUGUCAGAUUAUCAGUAUGGAAGGGAGAAGAAAUUAAAGACCAAAGGGCUGGAGCCACCGGCUCCUAGAGAAUUCACCAAUUUAAGCGGAAUUAGGAAUCAGGGUGGAACCUGUUACCUUAAUUCCCUUCUUCAGACUCUUCAUUUCACACCUGAAUUCAGAGAAGCUUUAUUUUCCCUUGGCCCAGAAGAGCUUGGUUCAUUCGAGGAUAAGGAUAAACCUGAUGCAAAGGUUCGGAUCAUACCUUUACAGUUACAACGGUUGUUUGCCCAGCUUCUGCUCUUAGACCAGGAUGCAGCAUCCACAGCCGACCUCACAGACAGCUUCGGGUGGACCAGCAAUGAGGAAAUGAGGCAACAUGAUGUGCAGGAACUGAAUCGAAUUCUCUUUAGUGCUUUGGAAACCUCUUUAGUCGGGACCUCCGGCCAUGACCUCAUCAAUCGUCUGUAUCAUGGAACCGUUGUUAACCAGGUUGUUUGUAAAGAGUGUAAGAAUGUCAGUGAAAAGCAGGAAGACUUCCUAGAUCUAACCGUAGCAGUCAAAAAUGUGUCAAGUUUGGAAGAUGCCCUCUGGAACAUGUAUGUAGAAGAGGAAGUUUUUGACUGUGACAACUUAUACCACUGUGGGACUUGUGACAAGCUGGUUAAAGCUGCAAAGUCGGCCAAAUUACGUAAGCUGCCUCCCUUUCUUACUGUUUCAUUAUUAAGAUUUAAUUUUGAUUUUGUGAAGCGUGAACGAUACAAGGAAACUAGCUGUUACACAUUCCCUCUCCGGAUCAAUUUCAAGCCUUUCUGUGAACAGAGUGACACGGAUGACUUGGAGUAUGUAUAUGAGCUCUUCUCAGUCAUAAUACACAAAGGUGGCUGCUACGGAGGACAUUACCACGUGUAUAUUAAAGAUGUCGAUCAUCUGGGAAACUGGCAAUUUCAAGAGGAAAAAAGCAAACCAGGUAUGAAUUUAAAAGAUCUCCAGAAUGAAGAAGAGAUUGAUGAUGAUCCCUUGAUAAUUCUAAAAGCAAUCUUACUACAGGAGGAGAGUAAUCUAAUUCCUGUUGAUCAGCUGGGCCAGAAACUCUUGAAAAAAAUAGGAAUGUCUUGGAACAAGAAGUACAGAAAACAGUAUGGACCACUGAGAAAGUUCUUACAGCUUCAUUCCCAAAUAUUUCUACUCAGUCCAGAUGAAAGUACAGUUAGUCUAUUGAAGAACGGUUCUCUCCAGGCUGAGUCUCAUUUCCCAAGGAGUGAUCAACACAUUUUCAAGACACUAACUUCAGAAUCCCCAGGACUAAAUGAUGGAACCUCCUGUCCCCACUGGUUUGAUAUAAAUGAUUCCAAAGUCCAACCAAUCAAGGAAAAGGAUAUUGAACGGCAGUUUCAGGGUAAAGAAAGUGCCUACAUGUUGUUUUAUCGGAAAUCUCAGUUGCAGAGACCCGCUGAAGCUCGAGCUAAUCCAAGAUACAGGGUUCCGUGUCAUUUGCUGAAUGAAAUGGACGCAGCCAACAUUGAACUGCAAACAAAAAGGGCAGAAUGUGAUUCUAUAGACAAUAAUUUUGACUUGCAUCUCCACCUGGGCCCUCAUUAUCAUUUCCUCAAUGGGGCUCUGCACCCAGUCGUCUCUCAAGCAGAAAGCACAUGGGAUUUAACCUUUGAUAAAAGAAAAACUUUAGGAGAUCUUCGACAAUCAAUAUUUCAGCUGUUAGAAUUUUGGGAAGGAGAUAUGGUUCUUAGUGUGGCAAAACUUGUACCAGCAGGACUUCACGUUUACCAGAUGCUUGAUGGAGAUGACCUGACGCUGUGUGAACUGGAGAUUGCAGACGGGGAAGACCUCUUUGUGUGGAAUGGGGUGGAGGUUGGUGGCAUCCAGAUUCCAACUGGUAGUGACUGUGAACCUCUGCUCUUAAAUGUUCUUCAUCUAGCAACAAGCAGCGAGGGGGAAAAGUGUCAGCAGUUGGUAGAAUCACCACAUGUCUUUCCGUCCAAUGCGGAAGUGGGCGCUGUGCUCGCAGCUCUGGCGGUCCCCGUGGGUGUCCUCUUCAUCAACACCACUGACCCUGCCGGGGAAGAGAACUGGGUUGCCAUUCCCAAGGAGGACCUGAAGAAGACGUUCAGAGAGCAGGGCCUCAGAAACCGGAGCUCGGUUCUCGUGCAGGAUUCUAGUGAUGAUAACAGUCUGUUGCUCAAACAAGGGAAAUGGUUCACUGGUAUGAAGGAGGUCAACUGGCUCCAAGUUCAAAAUUUAUGCAAAUUAGGAUCCGAUGAGAAGCAAGUUAAAAUAUCAGCAACUGUGAACACAGUGGUGUUUGAUAUUCGAAUUAAAGCCAUAAAGGAAUUAAAAUUAAUGAAGGAACUAGCUGAGAACAGCUGUUUGAGGCCUAUUGAUAGAAAUGGGAAGCUGCUUUGUCCAGUGCCAGACAGUUACACCUUGAAGGAAGCAGAACUGAAGAUGGGGAGUUCACUGGGACUAUGUCCUGGGAAAGCACCAACUUCCUCCCAGCUGUUCCUGUUUUUCACUGUGGGGAGUGAUGUUCAGCCCGGUACAGAGAUGGAGAUCAUAGUAGAAGAAACGAUGUCUGUGAGAGAUUGUUUACAGCUCAUGCUGGGGAAGUCUGGCCUACCGGGAGACAGGUGGCAUUUACGAAAAAUGGAUUGGUGUUAUGAAGCUGGAGAGCCUUUAUGUGAAGAGGAUGCAACCCUGAGAGAACUUAUGAUAUGUUCUGGAGAUACUUUACUUUUAAUUGAAGGAAAACUUCCUCCUCCGGGUUUCCUGAAGGUGCCCCUCUGGUGGUACCAGCCUGGGGAUUCCCCGGAUCACUGGAAGAAUCAUCAGGACCAGAGGAACGGUGCCCCUUCUCCAGGUGGGGUCUGGAGAGCUGCUGCCACCCAAGGUGCUCCUGGUGACCUGCACGGGGAGGUGUCCCUCCGCUACUUGGGGGACCUUGAGAUCUCAGAAGAGGCCACCGUGGCAGAGCUGAAGUCCCAGGCCAUGACCUUGUCCUCCUCCUCGGGGUUUGUCAUCCCGUCCCCAGCCUUCCUCAGAGCCUGGACCGUGGAGAGGAAGCGCCUGGGCAGGCUUUUACGAAUCAACCGGCAGCAGCUCAGGGACUACAAACUGGGACGGAAAACUGAGAUCUGCUUAGAGCCCCUUCAGGAAGAAGAAAACUUGGGCCCUCAGGACGUGGUACUGAGGACACGGAUGCGCCUCCCGGGUGAGAGGGCGUACGCGCCGUGCGUGGACUUGGUGUGGGACACCGCCCGAGGCUGGACUGCUGGCUCCCUGAGACAACGAGUUGCCCACUUCUGCUCUCUUCCCGUGGAGAAAAUUGAAAUUGCCAAGUACUUCCCCGAAAAGUUUGAGUGGCUUCCGAUAUCUAGCUGGAACCAGCAAUUUACCAAGAGGAAAAAGAAGAAAAAGCAAGAUAAUUUGCAGGGGGCGCCUUAUUACUUGAAAGAUGGAGACACUAUUGGUAUUAAGAACGUCCUGCUGGAGGACGACGGGGACUUCAGUACCGACGCGGACGACCUGGGGAGAGGGACGCCGAGGCGGCCGAGCAGGUAUGGUGCGGCCGGGGCUCCCCCGCGAGCCGCGCUGGGCCCCCGAUCGAUCGGGGCUCCGGGGGCAGGGCCUGCCCCGGGGCCGCCUCCCUGCCCCCUCCGCCCCUCGCUGGGUCUUCCCCCAGGCCUCGGUCACCCCAACAGGUGAGCACGGUGAGCACGCGGCGGGCUCCGCAGGGCCCCGCAGGGCCCCGCAGGGCCCCGCACCUGCCCCUCCUCCCUCCUCUCCCCUGGCCGCGGGCCUCCUGCCCCUACCACGAUCUACUGGAACAUUCCACCUCCCCCUGUACCCACACCCCCUGCAGGCCACACGGGGCGCCUCCGCCCUCCUUACCUGCCCCCCCAUCUUAGUCCUCAGCUCCUGGCUGAGGGGGCCGGUGGUGCUCCCUGAUGCCCCUGCCGGCGCGGCCCCUCCGCCCCUCUGCUGCGGCGGUCGCGUCCCUCACCCGCGCCCAGCAGCAGCGACGAGGCGCCGGACACGGAGGCGCCGUCCGUGCACGUGCCGUUAGGUCCCAGGGCCCCGGGCUCGCUCCUGGGGCGCAGCCGGAUAAACGCCGACCCGGGGUUUCCGCUCAGAUCAUGAUCUCGGGGUCGUGAGAUCAAAUACCAGGGCGGCCCGCUCAGCCUGGGGGCCCUGCCGGCGACCCUAACCAUGCCCCCCUGCCCCCCCCCCCCCCCGCGCUCUCAAAACAUCACCCUGCGGGGAGACGCGGCCACCGGCAGGUUGGAGGGUCCCCGGGUCAGGCCUGCCGCGGGGACUGCGGGGCCGCCGGGGCCGGCGGUGUAGACUGAGGUCCUCCGACUCCGCAGUCUGGGAGUCCGUGUGCCGAGGGCACGCACGUCCCCGGGGCCUGCCGGCUGCGGCCGUGACCGCCCCCGUGUCUCCCGCAGCCAAGACGCCCUUCGGGAGCCGAGCCGCGACCUGGGCUGCAGGGCCACGACGCCCGGCCGGCCGCGCGCACCAGAAGCUUCUCUUUGCAUCCACGUGCGGAGCUUCAGGUAGCGCCUGCGCCCGGCGGGACCCAGCAGGGCCGCGCCUCCUGCCCCGCGCCCUGGACGCCGCGGGUCGGGUCGUGUCGUGUCGUGCCGCGGCCGCAGCAGGGGCCUCGCUCGGAGCCCGCCCCCGCCCCGCCCCCCCCCCGGAAGGACGUCGAGGGCCGCGCCGCAGACCCGUCCGCCAAGCCGCCCGCUGAGGCCCCGGACGCUCACGCCCCGAGCCCGAGCGGGUCCGAAGCAGGAUUCCCGGGACCGCAGGCGCCCCCCCCCCCCCUCCCGCAGAUGAGGCUGCGGAGCAGGAAGCAGGAAGCCGGGCGGGCGGGCGGCGAGGCCGGGGCGGGGCAGGGGCCGGGCUCUCCGGGGCGAGGCGGAGGCCGCCCCCUUCCUGCGCCCUAAGGGCCGGAGCCGCUAACCUGACAACCGGGAGGUUUGCUUUGGAGAAACCGGAGGCCUCCGGGGAAGAGACCCGCGGGGGGGGGGGGCUCCCCGGGGGGGCCUCCCCGAGCCUGCGGGCCCCGCUCCCCUGCGCUGAAGCGCGCUUCGCCUGCUCAGUAAACGUUUAUGUUGAGAAAUCCCUGUCCGGGUGAUCCGGGGCUGCCCCGCAAGUCACACGGAGCUUCCUUAGACGGGGGUGGGGGGUGGAUUGUUCUGGAAGGAACUGCAAGUGGUGGGGUUUUCUUUCCUCCAGGGAAAGAGGAGGCGGUUGCAUUACAGCAAACAGGGCUUCCCUGGGAUAUUUUUCGGGGGGUGGGGGGGGCGUGCACGAGAAUUUCCUGAUGACCCAGAGUCACGGGGCAGCCCCGAGGGACCCGGGAAGGCCGGCGGCCCCCCUCCCCCCCCCGCCCGCAACGGCGCCUCGUCCCCACGCACCGCGGGUCAGCAGCAGGCACCGCGGGCUUCCUGGGGGGUUCGAGCCCCGCCCCGGCAAAGGGCUCCCAGGGGGCGGAGGGCUCUGGCUCCCCACGGUCACCCCAUCUCCCUCUGCACCCCCCUCGCACCCCUACGGCACCCACUCCCCGCGGUCGCCCCAUCUCCCUCUGCACCCCCCCCCCGCACCCCGACGGCACCCACUCCCGGCGGUCGCCCCAUCUCCCUCUGCACCCCCCCCCACUUACCCCAUGAGCGCAGCCACUCACCACGGUCGCCCUGUGUCGCGGGCUGCAGAGCAUGGCAGCCAGGGGACUGAAGCCAGGCCCUCAGGGGGCUCCACGCACCCCAGGGGGGAGGGUACCGCCGGCUGUGGCCCAGGAGAGCUCCAGCACAUCGCCCCUACACCUCAGCACCUCUGCCCCACAAAGGGGGCUCUGAGGGACGGGGUCCACCGCCAAGAGGGCGUCCCAGCUCAGCAGCCAGUGCCUGAAAGACAGAUGUCGUCAGGGCAGCCUGGUGGCUCAGCGGUUUAGCACCGCCCUUGACCCAGGGCGUGAUCCUGGAGACCCGGGAUCGAGUCCCACGUCGAGCUGCCUGCAUGGAGCCUGCUUCUCUCUAUGCCUCUCUCUCUCUCCCUGUGUUUCUCAUGAAUAAAUAA